CUGCUGUCAUCCACACCUGUCAGACGAGUUCCAUCUUAAUUGCUCUUUGCAUUUUCUCACAACCCAUAAAACCCUAACUCUCCCUGGAGUUAGUACAUUAGCCUUUGAAACACUGAUCAAAGGAACAGCAACACAGGAGGUCUUCUUUUCUUUAUCAUCACCAGAAUCAUCAGUACACGAUGUAUAGACCAGUUAUAGCUUCUCAAAGAGCAUCGCUGCCAUUAUGGAUGAUUGCCCUUAUUGUAUUUGGAGUGCUGGCAGUCUUGGGAGUUACGAUUGGUCUCCUUGUUCAUUUUCUAGCAAUUGAAAAUAAGAUCUACUACUAUCAAGGGAAUUUUAAAGUUAAAGAUAUUCCAUACAACAGCAAUUACGAAAAAGAGACUUCAGAAGAAACUACAGCUCUGAGCAAAAUGAUUGAGACUCAGAUGAUUGAUGCAUUUCAAGCUUCUAGAAUACACAAUCAAUAUAUCAAUUCUCAAGUCACCAAGCUAUUCCCAAGCUCUGAUGGUGUGACAAUAGAUAUUUGGCUCAUGUUUAAGUCUUCCCCAGGAAGAAAAGCAGAUAUGAGAAGAAAAAUUGGAAGUAUCUUAGAUCACAUGCUGAGGAAUAACUCUGCAUCCUUAACUUCAGAUCCCUCUUCCCUUAAGCUUACAGAAACCAGUAAAGUCCAUGCUGAAAGGACAGUUAAUAACUGCUGUGGGAGGAGGGCAAAAACAUCCUCUGCGUAUGACAGAAUUAAAGGAGGAUCUGCUGCUCAGGAAGGGGAAUGGCCAUGGCAAGCUAGCCUGAAGGUCAGGGGCCGACAUUAUUGUGGAGCAUCUCUGAUUAGCAACAGAUGGCUGGUGACUGCAGCUCAUUGCUUUAAAGAGCACAAAAAUAUAUCAGACUGGACCGUCAGCUUUGGGACUGUGGUAAACCCUGCCUACAUGAAAAACAAAAUAAGAGACUAUAUUGUUCAUGAAAACUACAACCCAAGAGCCCACCAUGAUGACAUAGCGGUUGUGCUCCUUGCUGAACCAGUCUCUUUUACAAACAAUGUGCACCGAGUUUGUCUUCCAGAAGCUACCCAGAACUUUUUGCCGGGGUCUGAUGUUGUUGUGACAGGAUGGGGAGCACUUGCAAAGGAUGGUCCAUUUCCAAAAUCACUUCAAAAAGCACCAGUGAAAAUUAUUGACACAGAGAUUUGCAAUAGUAAAGAUUCCUAUGAUGGUCUUGUACUUGACACAAUGGUAUGUGCAGGUUACAUAGAAGGACACAUCGAUGCCUGUCAGGGUGACUCUGGUGGACCACUGGUUCACCCUAAUUCUCGAAAUAUCUGGUUCCUUGUCGGAAUAGUGAGCUGGGGAGAUGACUGUGGCAAAAAGAAUAAGCCAGGUGUCUACACUCGGGUGACUUCCUAUCGUCCAUGGAUUGCUUCCAAGACUGGUAUUUGAGAAAAGUAUUUUGUAGAGAUAAUGUCAGGUCAUACAUGUCUAUGAUGACUGCACCUUAUUUAACAUGUGUUUUAAAGUGUUUUUGGCCAAUGAAUGUUCAGACAUUAUUAUCUUGAAAGUUUACAUACCGAAUUACCUACAGUGCUCCUGCUGUCUUCAAACAAAGCACUUUGUCUGGAUUUCUCCCAUCACUCCCUAUCCUAUGUGCUAUGUUUACCUGGGAAUGUGUUCUAUACCCUCAGCAAAAUGUAAGCUUCAUAAAGGGAGGGACUAUGUCAUUCUUUUUUUAAAAAAAAUCUUUUUAUUCCCAGUGUCUAACAUGUAAUAGACACUUAAAAUGUCAUUUAGUUGAAUCAUACCAUACUCAAAUAUCCUAAUUCCCCGUUCAUGAACAUACUACAUAGGAUUUAAUUCUGGAAGAGAACUCUGAAACCAUCUAAUCCAAACCGUUUAUUUUAUUGAAGAGGGAGCUCAGGCCUAGGAAGGGUAAUUGACUUGCCAAGGUCACAUAGGUAAUAAAUAGCAAAAAAGCACUUGAAGUUUGAGUGGAGAAAAGGAAAAUAUGGCCAAUACUUAAAAUGUGUUAUUUUAAAUAUCAUGAAGAAGUCUUUAUGUUUUUCUCUCCUAUGGUCCCAUCAACAUGGAACAUUAUCAUAUUUGUUCAAGUUUUUUUUUAACAUCACAGAUAAUCAAUUUGGUCCUUAGCACUAUAAUUUACCCUUCAAACAGAACUCUGCUGUUUUCCUAGAUCUUUUGCACCUGAAUGGAUUUAUUGGCAUUUGGAAAAGCCUUUGAUUUUAAUCAUUUAGCUCUUAGAAAUGUAUGUAAGUCUGUUCUUGUCCAUUAGAAUUUAGCCCAUUUUAUCUAACAAUACUGUAAAAGAUUGCCACUAAAGUCUUAAUGAGGUCGGAUUGCCAUAUACAAUAUUUGCUUUCCUGUUAUUGCCUUCAGUUGUGGGGAAGCAUGUGGUUUCAACACUAAACACAAAUACUGGGUUCUAAUCUGUUAUUUAUACUGGGGCCAUAAACAAUCAUCUUUAUCACUGUGUAACCAACAGCUGCCAUUUAUGCAGCACUUUAUGGUUUACAAAAUACAUAAAUGAUUUCACAACUACCAUGUGGGUGGGGUAAGCAGGACAGGUUUUGCAUCCAUUAUAUAGAUGAAGAAACUCAGACAAGGAGAGGUAAAGUCAUUUGCUCCCAGUCAUACAGCUGGUUAGUGGCAGAAUUGGGGCUUGAACUUGGGUCUUUUGAUUCCAGAUUCAUUAGUUUUUCCCCCUAUACUACAUGAUGACUUUCCACUCCUAUAAACCAGGGAUAAGAAAGUCAUAUAGAUUAAAUAUGGAAAAAAUUCAUCAGGGAAGCUGUAGGUUUCUGAAGAAACUCUAAAUAGUAUUAACUUUCUUUGAGAAGAAAAUAUAUACCUGGAGUCAGGAGGACCUGACUUCAAAUCCAGCCUCAGACACUUACUGGCUGUGUGACCCUGGGCAAGUCACUUAACCUCAAUUGAAGAAGAUGAACAUAUGUUCUUAGAAAUACAAUGAUCUAAGACAAUUCUGAAAGUCUUAUGAGGAAAAAUGCUAUGUACCUCCAAAGAAGGA